UUUCGUUCGCGAGCAAUAAAUAAUGACAUUUUAGUGUGAAUUUAACGUUAACGGCACUCGAAAGCCAACCUAAACGCACAAACUAGCUGUAAGAAGUCGAAGUUUAGUGAAAUUUAGUGCAAAAAGUCUGUUUUUAUUGUGAUUUCGUGGGUGACUAUAAUUAGAUGGGACAUUUUCUUACCAGUUUUCUUUCUUCCUUGAUUUACGUUCGUACGAACGAACGAAGCGCAACUUGUGGAUGGUUGAGUGAGUUCACGGGAAUCCCGAUACAGUGUGUGAGUACUGGUAGCAGUAGUAUAUAUUACAUAAAUGUAACGUGUUUACAGACGGGAUGCAUUCGGCGUGUGUUUCUGUGUUUUGUAAUGUCCUGAUGUGAUGCUCAACGAAAACAAAACAACACGAUAACGAAAGGUGCAUUUCCAAUGGUGUGUCGUUCGAUGUUUAGUGCAAUUUAAACAAAGCAAACCAAUUUUGUCGCAAACCAUCCCAUUUAGGGUCGGUCGAUUGUCAUGACAUGAUGUAGAUUCUAAGUAGUGUAAGAAACGUAGUGGUGGUCUCAUAAGUAGUCUAGUUCGUGAAUACAAAACGCAACAUCGGAUUUUUCGAAACGCACAACGUUAACAGUUACUAAUAAACUAGCAGAAACGCAAAAAAGCUAUUUAAAGAACGUACAGUACCCAGCACAAAACAAUAGUGCCGCUACCGAAAUGGCCUGUUCCAACGAGCUGCUACACCUGCGCCUACUGCGCGAUGACCUUGGCGAUCUUGAUAUCGAAGACAUCCAGGACGAACUGAUCGAUCGGCAAAUCUUCACCCGGGCAGACUGCGAGCAGUUAUUGGCGGAGGUGAACUUAGACCACCGCUUGGAUCUGAUGUUCACUAUCCUGGAGCAUAAGCUGCACAGUGGGAAAAUCAUGAUCGUAAAAGAUUUCUUGUCAGUGCUGGAACCCUUCUACAGGUGGAUCGUAGAAAAGCAUGAGGAAGAGUUGAAAAAAGGAAAAACCUCUUCGAUCAAAAAAAACUCUCCGAUCGAUAAGUAUCUGUCCUACCAAACUAAUUCCAAUAUACCAAACAUCGAUGAGCUGAAUGUGUACCGUCGAAAGGAUCUGUGGCAAAUUCAAAAAUGCCUUAAGGAACUGAAACAUGGCGUUCGUGGCCGCCGGUAUCUGUUCGUAGAAGGAGGCUUCGGUACUGGCAAAUGGACUCUGGUCAGUCAGGCAUGCGAAAAUUAUUCAAUCGUGCACCGAAUGGGUUUCAAAAUUUUCUAUCUGAAUCUUGCAAAUUGCAACGCCCCGGAGCAGACUCUUGAGCUGCUCGAAAAUCUCAGUAUUCAAAUGGAAACGGAUUACAAAUCCGAUGACAUCACUUACAAUGGUAGAUAUCCCACCAAUGAGAUACAGUUACGGAUCCGUAAACUGCGGCAGCGUAUCGAGGACAAGUUUCCAAGCUGCCUGCUAGUACUGUCGCAUGUGCGUGAUCCUAAGCUGAUAAAAGAUUUUGACCUGAAAUGUAAGACCCUGGUUAUCACUAGCAACAAGGAUGUGAUCGCGAGCGUUAACGUAACUGAACGUUUAGUGCACACACUGGGCCGCGGUUUCACUGAAAACGAAAGCAUGGAGUUAUUUGGCAAAGCUCUUCGUUUGAAAUCCGACCACUUGCCAAAGGAAGCACACGACAUACAUCACACAUGUCGGGGAAAUCCUUUCGUAAUCAAGCUGAUCGCCCGCAAGAUGUCGGAGUAUGGUAGCGCCUACGAUAACGCAUCCGAUGCAACGGUGGUCGGCAUCUGGUGCAAACUGGCACACGACCUAAAGAGUCAAUCUAUCACGAUCGAAAACAUGACGAUCAAAUCGAUUCUGGAACAACUGAGCCCCGAGGAACAGGAGGCUUUUCGAAGUUUGGUCAUCUUUAGGGAUAACGUAAAGAUUCCUCAAGUGGUCCUGCAACGCUACUGGGCACUAUCGGCGGCUGAGACGGAAACUAGGGCCACCAAGUUGAUCAACAAAGGACUCCUGGACAAGCGGUACUGGAAAGAUCAGCAGAUUUUUUACGUCUUGCACUAUGUGUGUUACAGUUUCCUACUAAAAGAAAACCCCAAUGAUAAACAUGCUAACCUUCACCGUCGAUUGGUCGAAAGUUAUAGGAUUGAGGAAGCAAUGAACAAUCGGAGAGAACUUGAUUUACUGCAGUUCUUCCCAAACGACAACUACUUUCACUUCUACAUCGCAAAUCAUUUAGAAAAAUCACAAAUGUUUCCAUUGUUUUCGAACUUAUUUUUGGAUUUCGGUUUCCUGGAGCAGAAGCUGCGCUACACAGGGCUGCCGAAUACGGUCGGUGAUCUGCGGCUGUAUCAGAAGCACAUUUUCGUUCAAGAACGCGAUCCAGAAUCAUACGCCGAGACUUUGCACGACUUUCUCAUGAGUGUCGAAGUUCUAUUGUCGAAAUCUGCCGACACCUGUUUGCUGCAGCUGGCACUCAAUUGUCGCGGGUUGAUCGCCGAGAAAGCGGAAACCCAAGCACUUCGGUAUAACAACCGCGUCUGGUUCUGUGAUAUUGAUCACACUCAUCAGCACCAGUUGGUACAAGUUCCCAAACCACCAAUCAAAGUGCGCUUCCAGAAUACAAGCUCCGCUUUGGUUAGCUUGGAUAACAACCAAAUCUCGAUGGUUGAUCUAUCACCAUGGUAUUCAGCACCGGUUACAAUAUUCGAUGGCAACCAGGGCAGCGUGCAACUAAUGCAUAUCGCAAACAAAAUGCUCGUGGCAUUGGAUGAAGCGGGAUCUGUGAAUGUGUGGUCCAUGAAAAACGUUCCAUCUGAUCGGAACGCCAGACAGCACGAAUCCGACAGUUGGAAUGUUCGACUUCGUAGCCAGAACCUACGACCGCAGGAUCCAAGCGAUCGCUUUUCGAGCUUCUGUAUCGUGAAGAAAAAGACUCCACCCGAUAGCUGUGAAAUGUUUGCCAUCACCGAAAAAGGUGGCCUCUACAUAUACAACGGAUUUAACACAUUUACGGAGCACACGAGAUUCAACACCAAAAUAAGUAAAACCUACAUUAUGAAGCCACUUAUAGACGACCCGCUCCGAAUCCCAAAGAUCCUUCUACUCACCGAAAAUAACAUCGGCGUUAUUUUCAAUCUAAGCUCAACCAGUGUCGAGCACAGCUUCGAAGAGCACCGUGUGAUCAACGUUCACUACAUCAGAAAUGCACUGAUUUCCGUCUCUUCCAAUCAGAUUCGGCUGCGUAGGCUCAAGCGCAACAAUCGCAAUCAACUUGAAUCCUCCAACCCAGAGGUGAUCUACAACACGCCGUCUCAACAUCGUAUCACCUGCAGUGCCAUUUCUGACGAUAGCCUGUAUGUCAUCCUGGGUACCACACAAGGUAUCUCGAUAUUCAGUAUUCGCGAUCAAUGCGAGGUACUUCGAACCAACAUCAGCCACAGUAUUCUGGAUGUGGAUAUUCAUCCGCUGGAUGAUGAUCAGUUUCGCUACAUGUUGAUUUCGUCCUCGGAGGACAGCGGCAACGUUAUCAACAUGUAUUCGUUGAUGGUUACUCCAGCCAAGCAGUUGAUCAGCAACCAAUUUCAACUGCAGGGUAGUUCCAGUUUUCUAGCGGAUCUGGAUCAUCAACCGGUAACGAUUAAAACUGUAGAUCGUAAACGAAUCAUCCAGGAGUUGCAGUACGGAGUGUUUCCGGACCGUGACGAUUUCUGUCAGUCCACUCAGCUAGUCGAAAAUAAACCACUGACUAGCGAGCUGAAACGCUGUGUGCAAAGUCGGUCGGGCUUUUACGUGGGCCUUAAGAAUGGUAAAGUAUUACGGCUAAGCCAGUGGGCUAAUCCCGGAGAUGGUACGGAACCGGAAAAUGUUCUUGCUCUAGGUAAAGCCAUUACCGUCCUCAAGUACUACGACGAUUUGCAAGUUCUGGUUGCAGCCACCGAAGACAACUGCAUCGUUCGUUUCGAGGAAGACGCUGACAUCGAGAUCAAGGAAGAGGUCUGCGAGUGCUACUUGCACAAGGACCAAUAUUUGGUGCUGGUGUACGAACAUUGUGCCGUGGAGAUAUUAAACGUAGAAACCAAGCAGAUCGAGUUCCGACUCGGUCAAAGCCUUACAUACGGAGCAUCGGUUUGCGACGAGCAAUACCUGAUUAUCUGUACGACCAAUGGUGCUAUCUAUCAACUAGGAUUCAAGGCCGAUGAAAACGAAACACCCUUUCUCCAGGAACUGCAUGUCUACGCACCACCGGAAAAUAUUCCCCUAAGGAGAAUCUCCAGCUGUGCUUUAUCCGCCAAUGGGGAACUGCUAGCCGUAGGCUACAAACACGGUGCCAUCGAAGUGUACAGCAUGGAUGAACACCGGCUCAUCGCAACGCUGGAUUCUCACAAGGCCGCUGUCGCUUCUCUCUACUUCAGCCCUUGGAAGGAUCCCAAUUGCCCCCAUAUUUUGGUCAGCGUUGGUGAGCAGAUUGCUUUCUGGAAUUUGGACUACGUAAUAAACAACCCUCGACUGGAUUCAACGGAUUUUAAAAGACGCUCCAAUCGCUACAAGAGCCGAAGCGCGCUUAACUCACCCGCAAUGGAUAUCCGCCGCACAUCGAUGGGCAGUUCUGGAGUGGCCUCCCCGCUGGCCGCCAGUCCUGCCCGCAAUGGAUCACUCAUCUUCGAUUUCAACGAAGCCGGCCGACAUUGGCUAGGCAAGACCGGACCAUCCGACAAACCCCAUCUGCUAAGCUGCAUCAAACUGAUUGGUUCCACCCAGAAGCUGACCUUCAACGGUGACUUCAGUAAAUUCUUCACCAUCGACGACGAAGGCUACCUCUACUAUCUACGGCUGUACGAACCGGGACGUGAUUGUUCGAAGCUAGCUCCCCCGAACGGUUCCUCAUUGCUCAUCUGACUACCGUCCCGAAGGGUGCUUACCUCGACUUACUAUAUAUUAAUGUACAUUUUUUUGUACACUGCCAUGCUAAGAUAAAAAGGUGUGCCAAUUUUUUCUAUAGAUUUCGAUGUAGUGAAAUUAUAACGGCGUUUUUAGUUAUCUUAUAAGGUGGCAUAACUCAAAUCGUGACAUAAGAUUUUUAGCAUGUAAAGACUCGAAACAGAGUGUGAUAAACAUUUUUAAGGUAAUGAAAUGAAUGACGAACAAAUUUUUAGAAUCAUUAGACUGUUAGGCGAAAUAUUAUUCGAAAUUCUAGA